CACCGCGCACGCCGCGCCCCGCAGCGCCUGGCUUCCUCCUCGCUAAGGUGGCGUUGGGCCGGCGCGGGCGCUCGGGUGACUGUGGCCGCUCCGCUUCCUGCCCCCCCGCCCCGCGCCGCGCGGCCGCCCGUCGCUUUGCACUGGGCUGUACGGUUGCAUCGGGCACGGUGGCUCCAGGAUGUUAGGAACUGUGAAGAUGGAAGGGCAUGAGAGCAGCGACUGGAACAGCUACUACGCGGACACACAGGAGGCCUACACCUCGGUCCCGGUCAGCAACAUGAACUCGGGCUUGAGCUCCAUGAAUUCCAUGAACACCUACAUGACCAUGAACACCAUGACCACGAGUGGCAACAUGACCCCAGCUUCAUUCAACAUGUCAUACGCAAACCCGGGCCUGGGUGCUGGCCUGAGCCCAGGCACUGUGGCAGGCAUGCCUGGGGGCUCCGCGGGCGCCAUGAACAGCAUGACAGCGGCGGGAGUGACAGCCAUGGGGACGACGCUGAGCCCUGGCGGCAUGGGUGCCAUGGGCGCGCAGCCUGCGGCCUCUAUGAAUGGCCUGGGCCCCUACGCCGCGGCCAUGAACCCCUGCAUGAGCCCCAUGGCAUAUGCGCCGUCUAAUCUGGGCCGCAGCCGGGCUGGGGGCAGUGGCGACGCCAAGACUUUCAAGCGCAGCUACCCGCAUGCCAAGCCGCCCUACUCUUACAUCUCGCUCAUCACCAUGGCCAUCCAGCAGGCCCCCAGCAAGAUGCUGACGCUGAGCGAGAUCUACCAGUGGAUCAUGGACCUCUUUCCCUAUUACCGGCAGAACCAGCAGCGUUGGCAGAACUCCAUCCGCCACUCGCUCUCCUUCAACGACUGCUUCGUCAAAGUGGCCCGCUCCCCCGACAAGCCGGGCAAGGGUUCCUACUGGACGCUGCACCCGGACUCGGGCAACAUGUUCGAAAACGGCUGUUACUUGCGCCGCCAGAAGCGCUUCAAGUGCGAGAAGCAGCCAGGGGCCGGGGGCGGGAGUGGGGCCAGUGGUGGUGCCAAGGGUGGCCCUGAGAGCCGGAAGGACCCCUCUGCCGCUGCCAAUGGCAGUGGCGACUCACCCCUUCAUCGGGGUGUGCACGGUAAGGCCAGCCAGCUAGAGGGCGCAGCGGCCUCGGGGCCUGCCUCCAGCCCCCAGACUCUAGACCACAGUGGGGCGACGGCGACAGGGGGCGCCGCGGAGUUGAAGACUCCAGCCUCCUCAGCUGCGCCCCCAAUCAGCUCGGGGCCUGGGGCACUGGUGUCUGUGCCCCCCUCCCACCCAGUGCAUGGCCUGGCACCCCACGAGUCCCAGCUACACCUGAAAGGGGACCCCCAUUACUCCUUCAACCACCCCUUCUCCAUCAACAACCUCAUGUCCUCGGAUCAGCAGCACAAGCUGGACUUCAAGGCUUAUGAGCAGGCGCUUCAGUACUCACCCUACAGCGCUGCAUUGCCCGCCAGCCUGCCACUGGGCAGCGCCUCCGUGGCCACCAGGAGCCCUAUCGAGCCCUCAGCCCUGGAACCGGCCUACUACCAAGGUGUGUAUUCCAGACCUGUCCUAAACACUUCCUAGCUCUUCUAGACUAGGGGUUGGUUUGUCGUGACCAUGCUUGUAGCAGGAGAGAAGGAAAAAACCAACUGCAAAUAAAACCACACACGCCAAGCCAACAACAGCGUAACAAAAUCCCAACUAUUUUUAUUUUGUGUGUGUGUGCAGCAAUCUUUUUCCCAGUGCAAAGGACUGUUACUUUGUUAUUCAAAUGCCUUGUGUAUAUUAUUAGGAAAAAAAACAACCCCAAACCAACAGAAUUUUUCCCUGCAAAGUCUAAUGAUACACAAGUGUAUAUAUAAAAUCCUUCUUCCUUAUCCUUCUCCCUUUCUUUCCUCUUUCCCCUCCAGACACAUUCCAGUGUGUGCAGAUUUUAUUUAAAAAAGAAGUAUGGUCAAGCUUGUAAAGUAUUUGUUUGUACUUUUUUUCCCCUCCUCACCUGACCCCCUUCCCACACGCACAGGUUUACAGGUCAAUGGCAAUACUCUUAACCGCAGGAACUGAAAGGCUAAAGAAACAAGUAGACACCAGGGGCUGUUAAAAAUAUUGAAGGACAGUACUGCUAUUACACAGCAAAACAUAAACAGAUUAUAAACAUCAGAGCCAUUUGUUUUUCAGCUUACAUUCUAAUACACUCAGAUAGCAGAUGUCUUAAAAAUACAUAUAUAUUACGUACUGACAUUUAUGCACAUGCUCAAACAUGUAGACAUCCUCCAUGUAUUUACGUAACACAUAGAGGUAAUAGGUAGGUGGUACACAUGCUACAUUUUCAAGAGUUGCCUGACCAAAAGUUACAGACACCCCUUCCUUGUCCACACACAGAGAGCCCUGAGAAUCAAUUCCUCAAGAAUUGCCUUUCUCAGUAACUCUGCUCUUUGCUUUGCAGAGUGCCAUGGUCAUGUCAUUCUGAGGUCACAUAACAUGUAUAAAAUUAGUGUCUAUGUAUCUAUACCAUUGAAAAAAUAUUUUUUCUCCA